UUGCAGUUCGUUGUUUGUCUUUAUUUCUAAAUACUCUGUGUGUGAUUGUUGUCAAAAUGAUCCUACCUGUUAUGACUUUAACAAUCAUGUUUACCGUUUUCAUUGAUGAAAAAGUUGGAGCUGCCAUUUUUUCCGAGAAUCGAAUGUUCAACGAACAAGAAUCGAAUUGUUGCAUUGUACCUAAUUGUAAUAGGUACGGCGAAUGUUAUGGAAUCGUAAAAUGUGGCUACGUUUGCAGCCAGGGGUCUUACAAACUCAUCGAUUAUGGUUUUACACCUGGAUUCACAUUAAAAGAAGAAUAUACGAAAAAUGACUGUCACUUCGGAUUAUGCCAAAAUUAUAUAUUUUCAUGUAAGCAUUGCCCAGAUCCUAGGGAGGGAGAUUUUAAUAUUUACACUGUUAGAACAGAUUGUAGGGAUUGCUAUUACAGAGACUCGUAAUUUUUUCCAGUGUAUGCAAAGUUUUGUAAUGCCAUUUUACUCAAGGUACUUACGUAUACUUUCUAUUACUCAUCUGAUUUGUUAUAUUAAUUUAUUUUACAUUCGAAGCUUAUGUUAUUUAUUGUUA